AUGGAUUAAGUGUUUAUUACUCCUAGUUAAGGAAGUCCUAGAAAUUCAUUUGGACCAUUUGAUGUUAUCAAAUAAAUAUAUAAGAAAGAAAAGAUGCCAUCUUUUAUACAAUCAGAGGAAAGCUUAAUGAAUGGUUUGAAUGAAGGACAAUUAAGAUAAACUAGUCCUUAAAGACAUACUUCUAGAUCUAGAAUACAAUAAACUUAUAUAUCUCGCUCAUCUAUUUUAAAAUUACACUUGAAACCUAAAUUUAUGAAAUUUGUGCAAUAAAAAUAAUUCAUUUAAAGAUUUUUUUAGAAUCUCUAUCAAAGAGCUUAUAUUAAAUAAAGUAGUAAUGAUUAUUUAGAGGAAAAUUACUUAUCUAUGAAUUUAAAGAAUAAUAGUGAUUGUAUAAAUAGUUAUAUAAAUUAUAGAGGAAUUAUUACAAAAGGAAAAUAGUUAUGUAAUUUAGCCAGGAUCUGUAUUUUUAAUAUUUUGGGAUCUCAUUGGAAUUACAGUAAUAGCUUUGAGUUUAUGGUUAUGUCCAUUUCUAGCAUGUUUUUUAUAAUAACAUAAAUAAAGAGAAGUUGAUGAAGAGAUAUUCCCAUAUUUAAUUGCUAUUAUCGCACUUUAUGCAGUAUGUGAUUUUGCCAUAAGUUUAAAUAGGGGAUUUAUUUUAAAAGGAGAAGUAAUAUUAUAAUACUUAUAAAGGUUAUUUAUGAUAGAAUGCAAAUAAUAAAAAAUUAUUUUUAAUAUACCUUCUUUACUGAAAUUUUAAAUCUGAUAAUGUGGGCUCUCUUUUACUUUGAUUAUCAAGUAAAUGAAUUUAUAACAAUAAUUUAAAUGUUGAUCAUUUUUAAAUAAAUCAGAAAAAAGAUUGUUAUUUAAUAUGAAUAAUUUUAUUUAAGAGGAGGUUUAAGUUAAAUCUUAGAUUUAAUGAAUGUAAUAUUAAGUGUUUAUUUUGUUGCUCAUACAAUGGCAUGUUUUUGGUAUUAUAUGGGAGAAUUGACUAGCUAUAAAUUUGGUCAUUCAUGGUUAAUUAAGGAAUAACUAUUAGAAGAAACACUUUGGGUAAAAUAUGCUUAUUCUUUAUAUUGGGCAACUAUGACUAUGGCAACAGUUGGAUAUGGAGAUAUUACAGCAUAAAAUUAUUAUGAAGUUGUUUCUACUAUUGUUAUGAUGUUUAUUAGUAGUUGUACUUUUGCUUAUUCAAUGAAUUCUAUUGGAUACAUUUUAAAAUUAAUUUAUGACUAAAAAUAAUAAUAUAAGUAAUUAUUCAAUUAAUUUUAUAGAAAAUCACUUAUUUUAAUCAAUUAACAUAUGAGGCAUAAUAAUAUUCAACCAGAAUUAUAAAGUAGAAUACGAAAUUAUUUACAAUUUCAUUUUCAAGAAGACAUAUUUGGAAGUUAAGAAGAUGUAUGCAAAAUUAUUUAGAUUUAAAGAUCGAUAAAAUUUAUGCUUAUCUACCUUAAACUCUCAAAACAGAACUUAAUUUUGAUAUUAAAAUGAGUAUAAUGAAAAAGAUGAAACUACUCUAACUUUUUUCAUUAUAAACAUAAAAAUACAUAAGUUAAGAAAGUGAAUUAUAGACUUACCUACCUGGAGAUUUUAUAAAUUAAUUUGAUUCUUCCCUGUAUAUAAAAUUAUAAAUUUUAGUUUUUUUUUUCAUAUUGGUUCAGCUACAGUAUUAGAAAAAUAAAGCAAUGCUUAAAUUGAAAUAGUAAAUGAAGGUGAUACUUUUGGUGAAUACAGUUUUUUUAGUGGCUUCAAUUUAAAUUUAUAAAUUAAAACUAAUACUCUUUGUAAAGUUUAUAAAAUUGAAAGAUCUAAAUUUUUAGAAAUUCUUAAAUAUAAUUAAAGAGAUUUUGAAAGAUUUCAUUAAAUUAAAGAUGAAAUUUUAUUUGCUCAAAAUCUUUAAUAAAUAAACUUAAAAUGCAAAUUCUGUCAUAAAUUUCAUCAUAUUAGUUUAAAUUGUCCAAAUAAUUUUUAUUAGCCUGAUAUUGAAAAAUUAAUUAAACAAGAUUAUUUCAAGCAAUAAUAAAGAAGAGAGAGAAAUAUUAAAAGAUCAUCUAGAAGAUAAUUUAAUACUCUUCUUGCUUAAGAAGAUGUUGAAAAUUGUGCUAAAUUAUUUGAUGAGAAUGAAUCUAUUAAAAAUCUAAGCUAAGAUGAUUAAAGAAAUUCGUAUACUUUAAUUGAGUCUAAAUUAGAUCAUAAAAGUUUAAAAUUAUCAUCAUAAAAAAAUAUUUUCGAUAAACCCUCUAAUUCUUGUUAGAUUCUUGAUGAAAGUAAUAAUAUAGAUAAGAAGUAAAUGAUGUUAGAUGAGUUUAAAUGUAGAAACUUAAAUGUAACUGCUGAAAUUGAUUAAUAUUAUUGUUUUACUGUAUAUAAGUAAAACAAUAAUAUCGAUAAUAUGAUUAAAGAGUAUGAAAAAUAGUUUAAAAAAUUUCCAAAAUCUUUUCAACAAAAAUUAGACUAAGCUGGUAGGUAUACAUUUUCGUAUUGGGCGAAAUUAAAUUCUAUUAAAUUAAGAUCAAUACUGGAGAAACCGUAAUGA